AUGGGCUGUCAGGCACGAGGGGCUAUCUGGAGUGAUGAUGCCUGGGUGUACGACCCCCCUGCUCCCUUCGUCCCUUCUUUACCCCAUCAGCCCAAGCUGGCUGACUUUGGCCUCUCCCGCAUGCUGGAAGGAGGGCAAGCGAGUUUCUUCACACAUGGGUUGUCAGGCACGAGGGGCUAUCUGGAUCCUGAGUUCAUUACCACACACCGGGCCUCCACCAAGACAGACGUUUACAGACAGACGUUUACAGGUCAGUGGACCUUGCCUCGUGUUACGGGUCAGUUGGCCCUCAUGCCUAGUCCUGUCGAACUACUGCUCUCAGACACGAGGGGCUACCUGGAUCCUGAGUUCAUCACCACGCACCAUUCCUCCACCAAGACAGACGUGUACAGCUUCGGUGUGGUUCUCCUAGAGCUGCUCACAGGCCAGCGCCCCUUGCUCUACAUCUCACCCCCCGCCCUUGCUGCUGUGCCACAGCCAGCUCACGCUUCUGUAGCGGCAUUAGCAGCAGCAGCAGGAGCAUCAGAACAAGCAGCAGCAGCAGCAGCAGCAGCAAAGGCACCAGCUGCAGUAGAAUCUGCAGCAGUUGAAGCAGCAGUGGAACGAGAAGCAGCAAAAGCAGAACAUGACACCACAGAGCAGUGCAGCCAGAAAUGCACGACCCAGGGCCCUACAAACCCAUGCACUGACGCAGAGCCACCCGGGUUACCAUCAGGGGAGGACCAUUCAGCAAUAGCCGCUGCCCAUACCACCCCCACACCUUCAUGCAAAACAAGCUCUGCUGCAGUACCUGCCGCUCUCCCCUGCAACAACAUCUCUGCAGCAGCAGCGCAGAAUAUCUCCUGGCCUCAAGAAACAUGCCAAGCAGUCUCAGAAACCGUAUCUGCUGAGGAUCAAAUCUCUCGAAUCCCAGUGGAUGCACAUGCAGGAGCAGCUUCCACGAAGCUUCUUGAAGAUCCUUCUCUGGGUGCUUCCAGUAUCCAUUCCUUCGGUGUUACAACUCUUGCUGACUGGGCUCGCCGCAUGCUCUCCCAUGGCCACCUGGCAGAUAUUGUCGAUCCCCGCAUGCCACGUCAGCCGCCCGAUUUUCCACCUCAGUUGGCUGAGUUUGCUGACGUGGCAGUGUCGUGCACGGACCCGAUUGGUUACCGCAGGCCUGCUCACUUCAUUAUCAGCCACAGCACCGUCUUCUGA